AACUUUGAGCACAGCUGAAGAAAAGCUGACUUGCUCAAGACCCUCUCGCCUAUAAGUUCUGUAAGUGCCUAGACACACACCUUAAAGUCUUGCCAUGGCUGCAGCAAGUGUCGCAUCUCACAUCGUGCCAAAGCAGGAGGUGAUAGCGUUCGUGGAGCGGUGUAUGGGGGCUGUGGGUACACCGGGCGCGCACGCCUCUGCUCUGGCUCAGGCCUUGAUGACAGCUGACUAUAGGGGACACUUCAGCCAUGGACUCAACAGGCUCGACAUGUAUGUGCAGGACAUCCGGUCAGGGAUGACCGUGAAAGACGGAGAACCAACCAUCGUGAACGAGCGGGCGGGGACCGCGUUCGUGAACGGGAACAACCUCCUGGGGCCGGUGGUGUCAAAUUUCUGCAUGGACCUCGCCAUGAGGAAGGCAAAGGAUGCUGGGAUUGGAUGGGUUGUUGCCUGUGGAUCGAACCAUUACAGCAUUGCGGGGUACUACAGCCUGAAGGCUUGUGACCAGGGCUUGGUGGGUAUGUCGUUCACCAACACAUCUCCACUGGUGGUGCCAACAAGAGCCAGGAAGGGUGUUCUGGGCACCAACCCCAUCUCCGUGGCGGCUCCAGGGAAGGAGGGCGACAGUUUCGUGUUGGACAUGGCGACCUCUACAUGUGCCCUCGGCAAGAUUGAGCUGCAUGACAGGAAAGGGUUGCCCAUCCCCAUAGGCUGGGGAGUGGACUCUGCCGGCAGGGAAACCACAGACCCAAAGGCUGUCUUACAGGGUGGAGGUCAGAUGGCACUGGGAGGGUCAGAGGUCACAGGAGGAUACAAGGGUUACGGCCUGGCCAUGAUGGUGGAACUGUUCUGCGGGAUCCUGAGUGGCGGGGCGUACGGGCCGAACGUACGCAGAUGGAAAACAAAUGACAGGGUCGCCAACUUGGGCCAGUGUUUUGUCGCCAUUGACCCAGAAGCCUUUGCUCCAGGGUUCCAUGACCGCAUGCAGGACAUGAUGGACUGCUGUAGGAACCUGGAGCCGGCCGAGGGAGAGACAGAAGUGCUGGUAGCAGGGGACCCAGAGAGGAAGCACAUGGCCAUGUGUGAUGCACAGGGGGGGAUCCCGUAUCACGUCAACCAGUUUACUCAUCUGCAAGACCUGGCUAAGCAGCUGGAGGUGGAACCCUUGAAGGAGAAGAAGUGAUGCUGACUGGCUCAAGGUGCCCGAAUAGUCACGGUGCCCCAACAACCAACUAGAAGGUCAGGGGAUAGGUGAGGUGAGGUAAGGUGCUCACGGAUCUUCCCAGGAACUACAGACAUCAUGAACAGCAAAACCUUCCCAACUGAGAACAAACUUCUUAACAGAUGACUGACAAUCAAUAUUCAAUGGAACAAUCAAGUGCAAUAAUCAUUACCUGUCCUGACUCCAUUUCUGUAUUUUCUUUGUAUCUAAUGCAAGUGCCUUAAUAUUGAUGUAUUGAGAUAAUGCAGUUUCCAUGAAAACUGUGGAUAAUGUAUAUUGAAAUACUAAUUAUUGACUAAUUAGUAUUUGGUGAUGAGGUAUAUGCUGGAUUGUGUUUCUUACUACAAAAACAAUGUAUUACUGACAAUAAUGACUUGAUGUUGGAUUUUAUGGGAAAAUAUUUUAUUGAAUAAAGAAUAACCACAAACAUUG